AUGUGUGAGUGUGGCACUCCAGACGACGCCCCCGGCCCGGCCCGCAGGCCCGCGCGGGUGGACCAAGAGGCGGGCCAGUCUGCGGGCCACACACAUACCCGCACGCUGAUGGGGACCAGAUGUGGGCCGAGGGCGAGGGGGGUGGGCGUGAGUGAUCUAGUCUUUUUGGUGUUAGUGUUUGGGGCGUGUGUGACAGCUGGACACCGGACACACCGUGCCAGCGGCGGUGACAGUGGCGCGGACGCCGGCGAGAGCGAGCACCCCCUCGUGGCGCAGUUCUGGACGCGCAACCAGAGUCUGGCGCUGCAGCACAUGGUGUACAACAGGGGCGCGGGCGUCCUGUACGUGGGCGGGACCAACCGGCUGUGGGCCCUGGGCGUGGAGCGGCUGGAGCUGCGGGCGCAGGUGGAGACGGGCCCGCGGUUCGACUCGCCGCGCUGCCACGCCUCCGGCUGCGGCCCCGAGCGCCGCGUGGCCAGAGUACUUACCGACAACGUGAACAAGGUGCUGGUGCUGGACCCCGAGGCCAGCACGCUCAUCAUGUGCGGCUCCGUGUCGCAGGGCGCCUGCGAGAAGUUCCGCACCGCCAACAUCUCCCUCACGCCAGAGUUCCUGCCGCGCUCCGUGGCCGCCAACGACCCCGAGUCGUCCACGUACGCCUUCGUGGGGCCCGAGCGCUACAACCCGUGGGGCGGGUCGUCGGCGCUGUACGUGGGCACGACCUUCACCACCGUGGGCGACUACCGCCACGACGUGCCCGCCAUCUCCACCCGCAACCUGUACAACCUGGACUACGCCGAGUUCUCCUUCUCGGAGCAGUCGCUGCUGCGGAUCGACGUCAAGUACCGCGACCACUUCCUGGUGCAGUACGUGUACGGCUUCAACGCCAGCGACUACGCCUACUUCGUGACGGUGCAGAAGAAGUCGCACCUGCCGGGCCAGGAGGAGUCGGGCUACAUCUCGCGCCUGGCCCGCACCUGCAUCUCCGACGCCAACUACGACUCGUACACGGAGAUCACGCUCGAGUGCCAGGGCGCCGACGGCACCAACUACAACCUGGUGCAGGACGCCAAGCUGGUCAGCGCCGGCAGCGACCUGGCCUCCAGCAUGGGCGUGGGCGUGGGCGACCCCAUCCUGGUGGGCGUGCGUCGUCGGCCGUGUGUGUGCGUGUACUCCGUGCGCGACGUGGAGGCCAAGUUCAACGAGAACAUCCACAUGUGCUUCAACGGCUCCAUGCAGUACCGCAGCAUGGAGUACAUCUCGGGGCCCAUCCUCGACGGCAAGUGCCCCGCCGCCGGGACGAUGGGCAACAUCUUCAACUUCUGCGAGGUCGGCCUCAAGAUCUCGGGCGUGUCCCCGAUCCACUCGCGGGCGGCGCUGCUGUACCGCAACACCAGCCUGACGGCGGUCCAGGCGGCCACCACCGCCCACCACACCGUCCUCUUCCUCGGGACGACCACCGGCUCGCUCAAGAAGGCGCUGCUGGCGGGCCCCGAGGACGCCGCGGAGUACGGCGAGGACGUGAUCGACGCCGGGAGCCGCGUCCUGCCCGACCUGGUCAUGGACGCCUCCGGGACGCACCUCUUCGUGCUCACCACCACCAAGAUGCACCGUCCAGUCGGCGUGCCAGAAGGCGACCUUCUCCUCCCCCCGCUGGCUCAGCUUCGGCUCCGGUCAGCAGUGCAUCGACUUCGAAAUGAUUCUGCCCGAUAGACUGCCGAUAGACCACGAGGCUUCGUCGGGCCCCGGGGAGAAGGUGCAGCUGACGAUCCGCACGCUGCCGGAGCUGCCCGCCGGCGCCAAGUACCAGUGCGUGUGGGGGUCGGCGCCGCCCGCGGACGCCCUGGUCACGGCCACGGGCCUGACCUGCAUGACGCCCGCGCGCGCGUUCCGGCCGCCCAUCCCGCCGCACCACGACCACGUGCUGGUGCCGCUGGCCGUGCGCUCCAGCGAGACCAACAAGGACUUCGUGUCGCGCAACUUCGCCUUCUACGACUGCAGCCGCCACAACACCUGCGGCAGCUGCGUCAGGAGCGACUGGGCCUGCAACUGGUGCGUCUACGAGAACACGUGCACGCACAACGCCUCGUCGUGCAGGAGGACCGUCAUCUCCGGCGAGAACAACCCGUCGCAGCUCGCCUCGCACGGCUCCGGCUUCUGCCCGCGCUUCCGGCAGGAGCAGACGCCGCUGCUGGCGGCCGACGGCGCCAAGAGCGAGCUGCAGCUGCUGGUGGAGAACCUGCCGGUGCCGCGCGUGGGCCAGCUCGGCUUCCAGUGCGUGGUGAGCAUCGAGGGCGCCACCAUGCUGGUGGGCGCGCGCGUCGUGGUGGAGGACGAGGACGAGCCGGAGGGCGGCAGCAGCAGCCCCGCCACCACCACCAGCAGCGCCAGCCGCCCGCACCACCGCCGCGUGCAGCGCGUGGUGUGCGAGCCCACGGUGUACCGCUACGAGUCGGGCGAGGGCGAGUACGAGGCCCGCGUCACGCUGGUGUGGAACCGCGACCACGUGGUAGACGCGCGCCCGCUCACGCUCUACAAGUGCGGCGUGCUGGGCGCCCACCGCGGCCACCACGACUGCUCGCUCUGCGUCACGCGCCACCCGCGCUACCGCUGCACCUGGUGCGGCGCCGCCUGCAGGUACGCGCCGCACUGCCCCUCGCUCCCGGGCGUGGCCGCGGCCGCCACGUCCGCGGUGGCGCCCCUGCCCACGGGCGCCCACCACCAGGAGGCCCCGGCGACGGCGAGCGACGCCCGCCUGGCGCAGUGCCCCACCGCCAGGAUCGAUGUGAUCCAGCCCCUGGCGGGCCCCCUGGAGGGCGGCACGCUGGUCACCAUCGAGGGCAGCAACCUGGGCCUGCGCGAGGAGGACGUGCGCGACAACGUGUUCAUCGGCGACGUGCCGUGCCGCGUGCACGAGUACCACGUGUCCGUCAAGAUCACGUGCGUGACGGGGCCGGCGCCGACCCAGGGGGGGAGCGGCGGCUCCUCGCAGGACCUGCAGUUCCCCGUGAGCGUCACGACGCCGGCGGGCACCACCAAGUCCACCGUCAAGUUCACUUACACCAACGUGAGCGUGACGGGCGUGUGGCCGACCAAGGGCCCCGUGUCGGGCGGCACCGUGCUCUCCGUCAGCGGCAGGUUCCUCAACGUGGGCUCGAACGUGUCCGCCACGCUGGACGACCUGCCGUGCGUCGUCAACAAGACGCAGUCGUCGUCGCACCGCCUGGUGUGCGUGACGUCGCGCAUGUCGCCGUCGUCGAGCGAGGGCGGCAAGGAGGGCGCGGGGCUGCCCCGGACGGCGCGGCGCCUCGUCGUGCAGGUGGACAGCGCCGUCCGCGUGCUGGCCGAGCCCUUCACGUACACGCCGGACCCGCGCGUGUUCGAGCUCAAGCCCCUGCGCAGCCCCUGGAGCGGCGGCCGCCUCAUGACGGUGCACGGCCGCAACCUGGACGCCAUCCAGGCGCCGCGCAUCACCGUCCUCCUGCACGACCGCAUCCUCAACUCGUCGGCGUGCCGCGUCCUCAGCCCCGGCCAGAUGGAGUGCCCGUCGCCGCACGUGAACCGCCAGGUCCUCAUGGCCCUCAUGCGCGAGCGGAGGGACGCCGACGCCGCGGACGGCGCCAAGGCCGAGAAGAGGGCGUCGCACAAGGUGUCCAGGUCCCCCCGCCAGAACUACGCCGACUCCGUCCUCCUCGACGUCGGCUUCAUCAUGGACAACGUGGCGUCCGUCAGGAACCUGAAGCACGUCCUCCACUCCUCCGCCCGCACCUCCCUCCUCUACGUCCUCGACCCGACCUACAAGAAGUUCCCGAACGGCAUCAAGCUGUACAAGGGCGACACGCUCGUGAUCGAGGGCGUGAACCUGAACCUCGCCAGCGACGAAUCUGACGUCAACGUGACCAUCGGGACUCGCCAGUGCAACGUGACCUCGCUCGCCCUGACCCAGCUCGUGUGCACGCCCCCGGAAGGUCAGCCUCCCCCGACGGACGAGCUGGGUCACGCCACGGACACGGGCUUGCCUCUGGUGGUGGUCAGGAUGGGUCAGAAUCUGAGGUUCGCCAUCGGGCAUCUUCGCUAUGAGAUGAUCAAGGAGUACCAGUUCCCCCCCGAGGCGAUCGGCGGCAUGGCCUUCGGCGGGCUGUUCCUCGUCCUCGUGUCCAUGGUUAUCCUCGUCGUGUACCGGCGGAAGAGCAACCAGGCGGAGCGCGAGUACAAGCGGAUACAGAUACAAAUGGAUACUUUGGAGUCCAACGUCAGGUCGGAGUGUAAACAAGCCUUCGCCGAGCUACAGACCGACAUGACCGACCUCACCGCCGACCUGGAGUCUUCGGGGAUCCCGACCUUGGACCACCGCGCCUACGUCAUGAAGGUCUUCUUCCCCGGCGUCGUCGACCACCCCAUCCUCGCUGACCCCAAGCUCCGGAUGAACGGCUGCAGCCCCGCGAUGGACAGCGCCAUGGUCCAGUUCGAACAGCUGAUCACCAAUCGCUACUUCUUCCUGGCUCUCAUCGAGACUCUGGAGGCUCAGAAGACCUUCAAUUUGAGAGAUAAGGUGAACGUGGCCUCCCUCCUGGUGGUGGCGCUGACGGGGAGGAUGGAGUACAUGACCGAGGUGCUGCGGCUGCUCCUCCUGCGGCUGAUCGACAAGAGCGUGGCCACCAAGCACCCCCAGCUGAUGCUCCGCCGGACAGAGAGCGUGGUCGAGAAGAUGCUCACCAACUGGAUGACGCUCUGCAUGUACACUUACCUCAAGGAGCAAGCAGGCCCCUCGCUCUUCCUGCUGUACAAGGCCAUCAAGCACCAGGUGGAGAAGGGCCCCGUGGACGCCCUCACCCACGACGCCCGCUACUCUCUCUCGGAGGAACGCCUCCUCAGGGAGCAGAUCACCCACUCCUAUGUGGUAAGUACUGACGGAGGGAGAACUGGUUGAAGGAGGGAGAGGUA